GCGAAGAAAAAAAAAUUAGUACCAAAGGAGAAACCACCGCGAGCGGGCACAGACGCUUAUUGUUGACGGUGUGUCAUCGGCGUUGUCAUCGCGUGCUAUUGUGCUGCGGGAAGUGCCGUCGUACGGCGACGCAUUUCUUUUCCGCCUGUCAUUCCGUUCCGGUGCAAGCGUCGUCCGGAGGGGGUCGUACCGUUCCUUUUUCCCCGUGCCAAAGUUCCUGUGGAUUUCCGUGCUGCUGCAGCAAAUAGUGAUUCAGUUUUCCGCAAAUAUCAAUCGUUUUGUUUUCCGACAAGUGCAUCAGUGAUCAAAUCUGUGUUGUGCGUGUUGUGAUUUGGAAGAAGUAUUGUUUUGCUUUGCGGGUUUUAUGAGCAAUUUGCGAAGUGUUUGUGCAACGAGAUCCAAUUGGCCGACAAAAGCCACUUGCUGAAAAGAAUGACAAAGUACAAUAACAUAUAAAAAGGAAAAUUGUAUUCUCCAGGGUGUGUAUGUGUGUGUUUAUGUGUCGUCUCUGUCCAAGACAAGGUUGCUGCUCCAGUUCCGUGCACAGACGGUCCCAUCAUUCCAUCAGUUUCGUGUCACAAUCAUCAUUGCCAGGCGCAAAUAGCGAUGGAUACGUAUGUCAAAAAUCUGCUCAACGGUUGGAAUAUGCCGGAACUGAUAAAAGUGUUUCAAGAGGAGGAAAUUGAUGAAGCUGCCUUCAAGUGCCUCAAGUACGAUAUGAUCAAGGAGAUAAUACCACGCAUCGGCAAGCGGGCCAAGUUCCUACAGCGGUACGAGGAGUACAAGGAGAACCUAACGGAACGGCCCGCCUUUGCGGAGCUGCAGCUGGAGGAAAAGGAUCGAUUCUCACCAACGUCCCCGCAGAAACCUUCGCGCAUCGACUGGGGUCGGAUAGAGAAAGUCUGUGGCCCGGUACCUAUCUAUCUGAAGAAUCUGCUAAAGAUGUGCGGCUAUGAGGCGGAAAGCAGUCUGCGAAAUUUGAAUGACGAUGACUUCAUUGAUAUGGAGCGUUUCGCUCGGGAAGAGCUUAUCCACCUGGUACCGGCGACACAGUUCUACUUCCACAUCUUCUGCAGCGAUCCGGCACGCGAGUUUCGGCUCGUUCCUGGCCACCGUAAGCUGCUGCUGCAGAUAAGCGCGUAUCUCAACUACACCAAGGUGGCUAGUGAAAUACAACGGCCAGAACCGGCGCUCCGUCUACCCGCCGACCUGACGAUACAGCGUGAGCGUGAGCGCGAACAUCGGCUACUUUUAGCUCAGCAGCAACAUCAGCAGCAGCAACAGCAUCAGAAAGAACAACAGCACCAGCAGAAAGAGCACCAGCAGCAAAAGGAGCAGCAGCAACUUUUGCAGCAACAGCAGCAGCUGCUGCAAGAAGUCGUCCGAAUGCAUCAGCAACCGCUGACAGAGAUACAAGAGCAGAUGCUGUCCGAGAUGAAAAUGUCGCACAAAAACUCACCACUCGCAUUCGAGCAGGCAACCGUGUUCCCUCCGCUCAGCGACGAGGAGCGCAUCAAGAAGAUUCAGGGCUGCAUUGUCAAGCUGAUCGACAUGUGGAGCGAAAAGCAACCCAUUAAGCUGCAGAUCACGGAGGAAAUGAUCAACGUGACCUACGAGACCAACGGCUACAACGCAUUCAUUAAGUGUCCCAUGUGCGCGGUGCAGAUAAAGGUGUCGAAGCUGCCAACGAAGAAGGGCGAUCGGUUUGUGAUCUCCAACUUCUCGAAGCAUAUCAUCAAGAUGCAUUUUUCUCAGCUUAGUGACGGGGCUGGAGGGGGUGGGGGAGGCGCAGGCGGAAAUGGUGUCGGUGGGCAUGCGGGAUCGGUUGGCUCGGAGCGACAUCUAAGCAUGGAUAAUGUGUCUUCCUACUAUGGAGGGGAGAAUUCGGACAGCAACACGUACCCGUACGAUGACUAUGGGUCGGGUAAACGGCCAAAGCUGGACGAGGACGAUGAUGAGAUGGAUCCGGUGCCACCACAUUUGCUGCAUCCGUAUGUGAGCAUUAAGGACGAAAUUAUCGAUCUGGACGCGUAGCAGCUUGUGCCGAGGUACGGUUGUACUUUGUCGUCGCUAAAUCGCACGAGAACGGUUGCUCGUGUCGAAAGCGAAAAAAGACGUUGAGCGUAAAGAUGAGACAUAUGAACGAUAGCGCUUAAGCCAAUUUUUCCAUUCCUCAAUCAAACCAAAUAGCCUCUCUUAGCUUGUUGACUCUCAUAGAAUAACUGCAUUAUUUCUUAGAAUAAGUUAGGCUGUUAGAUUUUAAACAACACAAAGGUUUAACUUGCCGUGAAUUGUUUCGCAAUGAUGGUUACGAUUAAACCAAAAUAGCUGUUUUAUUUACUAGCAAUUAUUUGGUGGAACUGUUUGCAGUCAAGCUAGGACGAAGUGGCAUGAGAAAAGACUUAAUUUUGGAACCGUAAUGGCUGAUAUGAAGUGAAUUUACCGUUUUACACGGGAUAGCUAGCGAACGUCGUAGGUAGGUUGAUAGGAAAUGGUGUAAAUAAGAGAUGAGUUAAAUUAUACUAGUAAAUGAUGAAUAAAUACAAACAUAUAUGUUCUACACAUUGCA